AUGGGCUGUGUUUGCACCAAGACUGUGACAAAGGCGACCCAGGUCAUCAUUGAGACGUAUUGCAUGCGUCUGGGUAAUGACUUCCACACCAACAAGCACGUGUGGGAGGAGAGCGCCACUAUCCUCAGCAAGAAACUCCACAACAAGACAGCCAGCUCUGUCAGGCAUCUGAUGAAGUGGAUUCAGAGAGGUCCUGUGAGAGGUAUCGCUAUCAAGCUGCAGGAAGAAGAGAGAGAGAGAGAGAGGAAAGAUAAAUAUGGUCCUGAGGUCUCAGCCCUAGACCAGGAGAUCACUGAGACAGAUCCUGACACCAGGGAAACGCUGAAGCUUCUGGACUUUGGUAUCUCUCCAACCUGCAGGUCACUCAGCCUACAGCUGGGAUGAAUUUCAGAACACCACGUGGAGCUGUUUAAAUCUGUUCUGUCAUAUUUUCAAU